AUGAGAGAUAUACCACUACCCCAUAUCAAUCUUCAAAAAGGUUGGCCAUCUCGUCGUCUGAUACCGAGAGAACAUGUCCAAGCCGCUGCUGAAGCAACAUUGACGGACCCGGACCGAGGAAUCGACGCCCUUCUCUACGGACCCAAUAAAGGAGACCCUGCACUUCGGGAACGAUGUGCUGAAUGGCUGUCAGGCCUCUACGGUCUUUCGGUGGUGCCUGAGCGCAUCUGCAUUACAGCUGGGGCGUCUGCGAACCUGGCCAGCAUCAUGCAGGCCUUUUCCGACCCCGUGUACACGCGCCGAGUGUGGAUGGCCGAGCCGACGUACUUUUUGGCAUGCACCAUCUUCGAAGACGCAGGGUUCCAAGGUCGAAUGGAAGGAGUGCCAGAGGACGAUGAAGGUCUCGAUGUCGAAUGGCUGCGCAGCCAUAUAGAAUCAGUCGAUGCUGAGACCAAGGCAAACACUGAAACGGAAGCUUCCCCACAAGCCUACAAGACAAUUCCUACGUACCGCAAGCUAUACCGCCAUAUCAUUUACUGCGUUCCGACUUUCAGCAAUCCGAGAGGCCGAAGCUACACGAUCAAGAGGCGAGAGGAAUUGGUUCGUCUGGCUCGCCAGGUAGAUGCACUCCUCAUCACUGAUGACUGCUACGACUUCCUGCUAUGGGAUGUUCAAGACCCCGGCCCCUCCUCUGAGAUCAGAGAGCCACAGUCACGGUCGAUCAAUGAGCAGCGCAAACUUCACCCUCCUCCCCGGUUGACCGACAUUGACCGAAUCUUACCAGGAGGGGAUGAAGUCUGGGGCAAUGCGGUCAGUAACGCGUCCUUCUCCAAAGUGAUUGGGCCCGGAAUGCGAUGUGGAUGGGCUGAGGCAACGCCGCAAUUCAUCAUUCGAUUGAAUCAAACAGGAAGCAUUCUUUCCGGAGGAGCUCCAGCACAAUUCGCGUCCACAGUGAUCGAGCACGUCUUAAGAACCGGCCGGCUUGAAGAUCAUCUCGUCAAUACACUGAUUCCAACCUACCGUACGAGGGCUGCCCGGUUACGUCGAGCUGUUCAGCAGACCCUUGGCCCGAUGGGUGUGACGAUUGACAGCGACAACGGCACCGACGGGAUCAUCGGUGGCUUCUUUCUGUAUAUUACAUUACCUGUCGAGUUCAACGUGGACAACCUGGCCGAGCUCGCCUUGGACAAGUACAAUUUGCGAGUAUUGGCAGGAGCCCGGAUGGCGGUGAAAGGCAGCAAGCAUCUGUCAUCCAUAGUCAGCCAAGGGAUCAGACUCAGUUGGUCCUGGGAAGAGGAGGAACAGAUCGUCCAAGGCAUCGCGAGGCUUGCAAAAGCCAUGAAUGAUCCAGAGCUAGUGAAGAACUAG